AUGUCCACAUCAGGUGAUCACAAAUUUGAUGUUUGCGUUGUUGGCAGUUGUAAUGUUGAUUUAAUCAGUUAUGUGAAUCGUACACCGAAAAUUGGUGAAACAAUUGAAGGAAAUAAAUUUGAGAAAGGUUUUGGCGGCAAAGGUGCUAAUCAAUGUGUACAAGCAGCGAAACUAGAUGGUAAAGUUGCCAUGAUAGCCAAGCUUGGUGAUGAUGUCUUCGGUCAAGAUUAUCUGGAGAAUUUGAAAAAAUUAGGGGUCAACACAGAUCAUGUUCUGGUUACGAAGGAGGCAGCGACUGGUGUUGCUCCAAUUAUUGUUGAUAAAGAAGGUUGGUUGGUUUGUCUUGUAGCUUUGAUUUUCAUCUAUUCGUGUCUAUCAGGUCGAAAUUCGAUCAUUGUCAUUCUCGGUGCUAAUUUGUUAUUGAAUGAAGAUGAUAUUCAAAAAGCGGAAGAUGUUAUUCGUCAAUCGAAAGUUGUCGUUUGUCAAUUAGAAAUUCGGCAAGAAACUGUAGCGAAAACAUUCGAAAUAGCACGGAAACAUUCUGUUUUAACAAUUCUAAAUCCAGCACCAAUGUCGGAGAAGCUCGAUCGUAAUUUACUGAAAAUGGCUGACGUCAUUUGUCCCAAUCAAACCGAAGCAGAAAUUUUGUGUGAUCGAUCGGUGGAGACCAUUGAAGAUGCUAAAGAUGCUUGUAAAAAAUUAUUAGAAUUAGGCAGUCGAAUCGCAAUUAUCACCAUGGGUGAACAAGGUGCUGUAAUCUUAGAUGAAAGUGGUCAAUGUGAACAUGUGAAGAUUGAGAAAUGUUCAUCAGUAUGCGAUUCAACAGGUGCUGGUGAUUCGUUUGUUGGAACUUUAGCCUUACUAAUGGCAAGUGAGAAGAAAUUAACAUUGAAAGAACAAGUUAAACGUGCAUGCCGUGUAGCAAGUCAAUCCGUUGAGAAGAAAGGAACACAAACAAGUUAUCCCUCAAAAGAUGAACUUCGAUUUAAUCUAUUCGAGUGA